AUCCAUUAUUUUGCUUCUAUUGCCACAAUUAUGCCACCAUGAUGUGUGAAGAGUGCUACUUAACGACGGCAGACAGUUUAGAUAUGGCGUAUUUCUGCGGCAGUUGUUUUGAAAAGGUGCAUGCACAACUGAAAGAGUCAGAUCACGCAUGCGAUGAGCUUGUUCCAUACAAACCGAGCCCCGGUUGUAACUACUCCAACUCCAGGGUAUGCUUGGAACUGGCCAGUGUGCUGUGCAUUGAAUCGUCACACUACGUGUCGUUCGUACGCAUAGGCACCGACGCCGAUUCUCGCUGGAUAUUUUUCGACAGCAUGUCAGACAGAGAAGGUGAAGCGUUCGGAUACAGUAUUCCAGAAAUUCGACCAUGCCCUAAUUUUGAAGAAUGGCUAGAUGAACGAAAAUUGAAUAACUCACUGCAUUUCCUUGGAAGUGAUGGCUUCGCCUGUCCAGAUUUUCUGAGACUUGUCAAAGACUGCUACAUUUGUUUUUAUGUCUGGCCCGACGGACUGUUAUAUUCGUAAUU